ACUGCGCAACCUGAAGCGCAAGUGCCCCAAUGAUGUGAAAAGAAAUAUUGAUUUGAAAGCUGGCUGGGCGGCUGGGAAGUUUGGAGAGGUUUGACACAGGUGUGAAAUAUGUAGAGUGUAAAAGGUAGCCAGGUUGCUUCUUCUGGGAAUAUAUUGCAAUAAUCAUGUCAUCCAUCGAGUAUGAAAUGACCUAUCUUAGGUCUCCAUCACCGGUGAGAAUUCCCCCGCAGAGGACUCUUUCUGUGAAUGUGAGGCGUCUUCAAGAAGCCGUCAACACUCUCUUGGAAGAGGAGGACCGAAGUGAUUUCAUCGAAGCACUAAAUGUAUAUCAUUCUAAACGUAAUGUGUAUGACUUUGUGCAAGCGCUAAAGCUCAUCUUUGACAACUCUGUAAAAAGACAAAUUAUACCUCUGUUACGGAAAGUUAUGCCACAUUCUGACCAAGAUGCCUUUGACCAGUAUAUGUACAAUGAUCCUAUCACAUCAAUACCCUUAAACACACCCUACUUGAACCAACACGGCCUACGUAGAACUUCCAGCGUUCCAUCACAGCAACCCUUCAGCUUGAGGCGGACAAAAAGUUCAGAGAUUAUCCGAAGGCCAAGUGAGCCACCGAAGAGCAAAAUAUACAGACAGGUCAACAAUACCUUUGACGUGGAAAAAAGUGAGAACAAUGUUGUUAAUAAUGUGACGUUGAAGAAAAAUUCUAGUCAUGAAGGCUGGGGGUUGAGUAUUCGUGGUGGUGCUGAGCAUGGGAUUGGGAUUUACGUCUCACAGGUAGAGCCAGGGUCAUUGGCUGACAGACAAGGCUUGUGUACAGGUGAUCAGAUAUUGUCAGCUAACCAAGUGAACUUUUCUGACAUAACGCACGAAGAGGCAGCCAAGGUGAGGAAGGUGUAUGAGUAA